AAGUUUGUUGUCUUCAUCCCUUGUGAGGUUGUCUCCCCACUACGUAUAUGUUCCGUGCCCCCCUGGUCGGGCUCCUCCGCUGUCACCCCAUCCGGCCCUCCCCAACGCCAACCUAUAUAUAUACAACCCAUAUUCCGUCAACCGCCGUCAACUUUCUUCCACCACUUGAUAUCAAAUAUUUCCUGCAACACAUUCACAAUGGCCGACCGCAUCCAACACGACCCCCACAGCGACUCGGACAAGACUCUCGACCGCCACAGCAACGACGUCCACCAACAUCAUCACCACCACCAUGACUACCCUCAGAUGAACCCAGAUUGGGCUCCAGCUGCGGGCGGUUCCCUCCAUCCUGGCAUGUGGAAGCCCUAUGAGCACCGAAAGUUCGGCAACCCAGCACCCCUGGGUCUUAGUGCCUUCGCCCUCACCACUUUUGUCCUCUCCUGCUGUAACAUGCACGCCCGUGGCGUAUCCGCUCCCAAUAUCGCCGUGCCCUUGGCUUUUGGCUAUGGCGGCGUCGUCCAGCUUCUUGCUGGCAUGUGGGAAAUGGCUGUCGGUAACACCUUUGGUGCUACUGCCCUGUCCUCGUAUGGCGGCUUCUGGAUCGCCUACGGCCUUCUUCUCACGCCGACUUGGAACGUUCUCGGGGAGGAUGGCCCCUACGCAGGCGAUACUGGCUCCGUGAUGGGAUUCUUCCUGACCGGCUGGUUUAUCUUCACUACCCUCUUGCUCAUCUGCACCCUCAGAUCCACGGUCGCCUUCUUCCUCCUCUUCUUCACACUCGACAUUUGCUUCCUCCUACUCGCCUGCGAGAAUUACGCGCACGACCUAGGCAAUGAGAGUGCCAGACUUGCGCUCCAGAAAGCAGCCGGUCUGUUUGGCUUCCUAGCGGCCUUCAUGGCCUGGUACAAUGCGUUGGCUGGCAUUCAGGACAGCAGCAACUCCUUCUUCCAGGUCCCUGUCUUCCACUUUCCCUGGUCUGACAAGGGCCACGAGCAGCGAAAGCAGAAGACCGAGCGUAACCUGGCAUAAAUCGCGUGACGGCAUUGUUUUGUCGCGUGACGUGCAACGCCUUCUCUUAUCACGGCUUAUGACUCGAAAUCAACAAUAGAUAAGAUCGGACUGCCCGACUAUGGACUGGUGGAGGAAUUUUUGGUUAGGGCCUGGAUGCUUCUCUCCUUCACCAGCCUGCAUCGCUUGAUGCUUUUUUCUCCCUCUCUCUAUAAAUCUUAAGACCGCUGCCGUUGCGGGCGCGGCUGGUAUAUUGGCGGCGAAUAGCGUGUUUUAAUCGGCUUGG